AUGAACCCGCACAUCUCCGUUCCCCGCCAACAUGCUGGUCCAGCCACUUUUGGCUCCACGCCCCGCCGUGGCUCAAGUGUCCGCAUGCCACGCUUCUUCAAGAGGCUGUUCAAAUUUCCCCAGAUGGACUUUGAGAUGGCCAUCUGGGAGAUGACUUCCUUGUUGAUUGCACCCAAAAAGGUCUUCAAGUCCAUCUACUACCAUAAACGUGAGUCUGAUCAAACGAAAAACACAUGGCACCGACCGGACCCGUCCUUCACAUAUCUCCUCUCUUUCUUCCUCCUCCUCACAGCCUUGGCAUGGGGCCUGGCCUACACCCACUCGUUCGGGGCUAUCGUGAAGCUCUCCAUUCUCUUUGUUUUUUUUCAUUUCAUCGGAUCUUCUCUCCUAGUCUCGACAAUUGGCUAUUUCGUCAUCGGCCGACUGUUCGGUCCCAACGGAGCGGCCGCAUCUCUUGCCAGUCUCCGUGGCUCUCGUGGCCGCCGACGGGGUGCAGCACAGGGUCUCUUCGCCCAGCCUGGGGAAAAGGACCAAUUGGAGUUUGGAUACUGCUUUGAUGUUUCGAAUCGCGCUUUCUUUCCCUUGUACCUCCACCUCUACGUGGUGCAAUUCCUACUCCUCCCGCUUCUCACGCGCAGCCCGAGCAACUUCCUGGCCACUUUUCUGGGCAACACCCUCUACCUCUCCGCCCUCAUCUAUUAUACUUAUAUCACCUUCUUGGGCUACAAUGCCUUACCGUUCCUGCACAACACAGAGCUUCUGCUCAUUCCCAUUCUGAUCUUUGCCAUUUUGUGGCUAGUUAGUCUGAUUGCUGGCUGGGGCGUUGUGAUGCAAGGCCGGAGUGUCGUGGGGUUGUUCUGGGGGGUUUAG